AGGACGCGUUGCGCGGCCCGGGCCGGAAGUCCUCGAAUUCCCGGGUGUGUGUCUGUGUCUGGGUCUCGCGGCGGUGCCGCGGCGGUCAAGCGCUUUGGGGUCCGCGUUUGAAUCGUCACCGCUGUCACUGCCGCCACCACACCGAGUCACUUCUAGAGGGACGGAGACCCGGCCCUUCGCCGGGUGGAGAAGAUGUUGCCCCUGUCCAUCAAGGAUGAUGAAUACAAACCAGCCAAGUUCAAUCUGUUCGGCAAGAUCUCGGGCUGGUUUAGGUCCAUCCUGUCGGACAAGACAUCCCGGAACCUGUUUUUCUUCCUGUGCCUGAACCUCUCUUUCGCUUUUGUGGAACUCCUCUACGGCAUCUGGAGCAACUGCCUAGGGUUGAUCUCCGACUCUUUCCACAUGUUUUUUGAUAGUACUGCCAUAUUGGCCGGAUUGGCAGCUUCUGUUAUUUCAAAGUGGAGAGAUAAUGACGCUUUCUCUUACGGGUAUGUUAGAGCAGAAGUCCUGGCUGGCUUUGUCAAUGGGCUGUUUUUGAUCUUCACUGCUUUCUUUAUUUUCUCAGAAGGAGUUGAGAGAGCAUUGGCUCCUCCAGAUGUACACCACGAGAGACUGCUGCUUGUUUCAAUUCUUGGAUUUGUGGUAAACCUAGUAGGAAUAUUUGUUUUCAAUCAUGGAGGUCAUGGACAUUCUCAUGGCUCUGGCCAUGGCCACAGUCAUUCCCUCUUUAAUGGUGCUCUAGAUCACAGCCAUGGCCACGAAGAUCAUUGCCAUAGUCAUGAAGCCAAACACGGAGCCGCGCACAGCCAUGACCAUGCUCAUGGCCACGGGCACUUGCAUUCCCACGAUGGCCCAUCCUUCAAAGCAACGGCAGGACCCAGCAGACAGAUUUUACAAGGUGUAUUUUUACACAUUCUAGCUGAUACACUUGGAAGUAUUGGUGUAAUUGCCUCUGCCAUCAUGAUGCAAAAUUUUGGGUUGAUGAUAGCAGAUCCUAUCUGCUCGAUUCUUAUAGCCAUUCUUAUAGUUGUAAGUGUUAUUCCACUUUUAAGAGAGUCUAUUGGAAUAUUAAUGCAAAGAACUCCUCCCUCGUUGGAAAAUACGCUUCCCCAGUGCUAUCAGAGGGUGCAACAGUUACAAGGAGUUUACAACUUGCAAGAACAGCACUUCUGGACACUCUGUUCUGAUGUUUACGUGGGAACCUUGAAGCUCGUAGUAGCCCCUGAUGCUGACGCCAGGUGGAUCUUAAGCCAAACACAUAAUAUUUUUACUCAGGCUGGAGUGAGACAGCUUUAUGUACAGAUUGACUUUGCCGCAAUGUAGUCAAAGAAAGGAAACUGAUUGAGGACCAAACUUUCCCAGUACUGUGCAGUCCAAAGCACUGUACUACCCAGGGCUCUGAGACAGAGACACGACCACUACAACUCCGAAGCACCAAGGACGCAGGUAGAGUCAGCCGUGUGCUCAGCAGGGUCACAGCCGGAUCCUGCCCAGACUGCUGCCCAUGUUAUUUCCCUUCGAGCCAUUCUGACUGCUGAGGGUUCUGGGUUCGUCCUAGGGUAUUGGGUUAUCUUUUUCCUGCUGGGGGUUCUUGCUGAUCACUCUCACCCCAUCCUUAUCAUCCCACCCAGCCAGUAAGAAAUUCAGACUGGGGGCCUUCAACCUUCUGAAUGUCUUCACUAAAGCUGCUGGAAACCACUGCUUUUAUUCCCAUAAAACCAGUGUUGUUUUUACAAAAAGAAGUCUGUUUUCUAUGUAAUGUCACAGUUGUUGACGUUCUUCAGUGUAAUCAUACGUUUGUAAAAAUUGUUUGUACCUUGCAAACUUAUGAACCAAACCAUAUUGGGUUUUCAAAGUGCCUUUGUAUCAGAAAUAUAUUUGCCAGCAUAGAAAUGUACCAUCAAAGGUCAUGUGUAUGUUUUUUUAAAAAUGGGUAUUGUGUAAUUUGUACAAAAUAAGGCUUGCUAGUAACAUACAUAAUUGCCUUUGUGUAUUUCCAACAUAGAUUUAAAUAUAUUAAAUUUUUGGUCUUGUGAAAAAUGACAUUAUUUUGCUUUAUAAAAAAAUCCAGUUAUCACAUUAAGUUACUUUGUAGCCUAUUUUCAAAAAUGCAAAUACAUUAGAAGAACGUAUUUAGAUGCAAACCAUCUGCUACAUCACAGAUUUCUAUGAAAACCUUUACCCGUCUAUGGUAAAUUUUCCAGUAGCUCUCCUUGCCUGUUUAGAUUCUGUUAAUGACAAAAAAGAGCACCUCGGGUGGCAGAAAGAGUGGUGCCAGGGCCAUCUUACGUCUUCGUAUCCUCCAGGGUCACCUGGCACAGUGUGGCUCUCUGGUUUUGUUUGCACAAAUACAAAUUACUUCCAGGAAGUCUAGGACAACAUUUGAUUGAGGAUGAACUAUUAUGACUAGAGAGCAAUUAGGUGACAAAAAAAUCCUCACACGGGCGUCUCACAAUGGUUGACUUUCCAGGGUCCUGGGUAUAUGAGAAGUGUAAUUGUGCCUGGCAUGGUGAUCCACAGUUUUAACUCCAGCACUCAGGAGGCAGAGUCAAGGGAUUUCUGUAAGUUCAAGGCCACCCUCAUCUACAUAGUUACAGCACAGCCAGGGCUACACACAGAGAUCCUGGCACAAAUUACAAAUAAAUUGCAAUUUGAGAUGACAAGUGCUUAACACUCAAGUAUUCCUGGUGUUUUCUGAGGAUAAGAAAUUUGGGUGAACAUUUUCAUAUUGUACUUCACUUAUACCAAUAUUUACUUUAGUUUAAGUAAAUUGAUUUUGUUAGCAAAAAUUUAAAAACCUUGCCAUGUAAAAAUAUUAAGAGUGUAGAUCAAUGACAGGCACUUUAUCAGGAAGGUGUCAGAAGUUACUGUUGAUAUGUGAGUUUUCAAGUACCUUCCUGCUGUUUCUGACCAACAAUUUAUGCAUUAGGAGAGCUAUACCACGCUAAGCAGCAGUAGAAUGCUACACAAUGUCUGUGGUGCCCUUUUUGUAAAUCAAGCAGUAAUUUCAAAGCCUGUUUGCUUUCUGUCAGGCAGUUCUAAUGUUAAGAUUCCCUGCAGUAGAUUGUGCUUGAUUGAAACAAGUGCUAUAGUCUUUUGGGAGGGCAAGUGCAAAUGGAAUGGUCCUGAUGCUGGCCUCCAUUUUCAUUUCCGUUCUGAUAUACCCCAGGAGAGUCUGCGGCUUGGGGCAUAUUGCUGAAGAUGAAGGUCUAGAUGAAGGCAGAGCCUCUAGAUGUGAGGGACCUGUCACAAGCCAGUCCCAGCAACUGUUGGCAUUGUAUGUGUGGAAUCAACUAUGCUGUGUCUGAAAUUUACCAAAUCUGCUUUCCACUGGGCUCUUAGUUCUAAGUGAAGUUUUUGUCAAAAUGUGUCAUUCUGUUUAAUGAGGUGUUCAGUGCACAAACCCGUGAGCAUUGCUGGUCCCUUUGAUGAGGCAUAGAAUACGUUUGAUGUGAAACUGAUUUUGCACUUUGUUCCAAGAGCUUGCCAUUUAUCAGGUUGACUUUGACUUUUUUUU